ACAUCAUACAAUAAGUAUUCGUAAAUCAUAAUAAUAAUAAUUUAUAAAUUCCGAAGUUCUUUAUUUAAUAGGUGCAUAUAUUAUUUUGUAAACAUAGUAAAAAGUGACUAUAAUAAAAAACUGCACUUAUUUUUAUUACAAAAUAUUUAACAUUUAUUUAUGGCAUCACAUUAUUAGUGCGUAUAGUUGUGGUCUGCCCAUCAAUUUCAUUCCCGAGUCAUUAUGUUAGCUUCAUGUUCUAUAUGUGGUGAUGUUUUCACUGGGAUUCAUCCAGAAACUGUUCAUUCCACUCCUUGUGGUCACAUUUUUCAUCAUCAAUGUCUCAUGCAAUGGCUUCAAAGAGCACAAACAUGUCCACAUUGUCGCUCUAGAGUUUCAGAAAAGCAAGUGAUAAAACUAUACUUCCACAAUAACUCGAAUCUAAGUAUUAAAGAAGAUGUAUCUACAUUGACACAUCAAGUGCAAUCACUCUCUUUUACAUUAACUGUAAAGGAACAAGAACUAAAAAAUUUAAGACAAGAUAGCAAGAAAGAAAAAGAACAGUUGGCAACGUUAAAAAAACAUAUAAAAGAUGUUGAAGACAAAGUGAGAAGUCACCAAACAGUAGUUUCCAGUCUACAAGAAAACAUUCGGUUUUUAAAAGCAGAAUGUAAAAAAUCUACAUGCUAUAAAUUGGAAGCUGAUGAUUUAAGGAAGGAAUUGGAAAAAUUUGAAUCCAUUAACAGUGUUUUGUAUGGAACGCCUGCAGAUUCUCAGGAAGCAGUAUGUUUAUUGAAGCAAAAAACUGAUAUUCAAACAUUAUGCUUACUUAUAACCACAUUUAAAAGAGAAAUUCUAACAUUAAAAGAAAGUAAUAGAGACUUAGAAAAUAAGUUACUACAAAGGCAAACUAAGUAUAUGACUCUAAAAAAACAAUUCUAUGAAAUCAACUCUAAGGAGUCAAUGAAUGAAAGAGUAAUGGACAAAUUAAAAUCGGAAGUUACUGAUCUCGAAGCUGAAAUAACUAGGCUUCAAAAAAAAUGUGGACAUUUAGAAUCUAUGAUACAUAAUGGAGAAACUCCUAGAAGAACAGAAUUACGAAGACGGUUUAUCCAUGAAAGUCCAGCACCCGAAAUUACAAUUACACCUGUCGCUGAUAAACUACAAAAUGAGGAUGUAAAUUCUUUACAUUCUCCACAAAAUUCUACCUCUUGCUCAAUACAGCCAAAAGGACAACUAAAACCUCAAAAUUUAUAUAAUCAGUCUGAUGACUUACCACAAAAUGUAAAUACAUUUAUGCCUAAAAGUCCUCGUCGACCAAGUGGGUUUAUGAGGCCUCCUCUUACAACAAAAUCUGUAGUUGCAAAUUAUGUUUCUAAGACUAUAGCACCUUCAAGUAGUUCUGAUGAGGAAAUAUACGAUGGUCUAGGGGGUCGGUCAAAACCAGAUAUAUUUCCUAACCGUCAGAAACCUUUAUUAAAAAAAAGAAAAUUAGUAUCCAAUUUUAAAAAAAAACUGCAACCAUCAAGUGGAAAUACUACUUUAGAUAGCUUUUUGUCCAGUGAAAUUCCUUGAAAAUUGUAAGUUUUACUUAUGUUAUAACUGAAUAGUACUAUAUUAGACAACAUUAUGUAACAAAAUGUAAAAAUAAUAAUAUAUCAUAGAUUCUCACUUUAAUAAAUACAAUUUCAUUACAUGUAUACUAUGUUAAAAUGUUUUAUAAAAAUGUAUUUCUAUUAAAAAUGUAUUAUAAAAAAAAACCUUAAGCAUAAU